UGCUGCUUCCUUCCUCCUGCGCCGUCCCCUGCUCGGCCAGGGCUGGGGCGGGGUGGGGGGGCACUCCGCGCGCGCAGCGAGCUUGGCAGGGCUGGGCGCUCCCGCUCCCGGAGGCGCACACCUCCGGGCUGUGGCGGUGGAGGUGGCGGCGGUGGUGGCGGCGGUGGCAGCGGCAGGCUGGGAAACUUUGCCCCUUUGUGCGCUCCGCCCCGGAGGCGGCGGGCAGGCAGCGUAGCCUUCUCCAUCAUCCUGACCCAGGGAGGGAGAAGUGUCAGGAGGAAACUCCUCACCCUAAUCUGCCCCACCACACACCCAUUGGCUCACCUCAUGCCUGAGCCCCGGGUGGGUGAGGGUGAAGAACCCACCCAGCCAAGAUGAAAUCUUCCCUGGGGGCUGCCGCCACCACUGUCUUGCCCCAGAUCCUGGGGCCCUGCAGGUGGGAGACUGGUCCUGGAAGGAGCCCUGUGAGCCGGCUGCAGAGGAGGUGAAGAGGGUUAAGAAGAGGCACCCAUCCCAUUCCAGAGGCGGAAGCUCCUUGCCUUCACCCUUGUAGACUUGUUUAGGAGAGAAGGACCUGUUUGCAGGCAGCAGGAGACUGGACAGUAGUUUAACCUGGCGCCUAUGCCCCCUUCCCUGGUGACGGCAGCAUCAUGAGCCAGUUUCAGGUGCCCUUGGCGGUACAACCGGACCUGUCAGGACUUUAUGAUUUCCCGCAGGGCCAGGUGAUGGUAGGGGGCUUCCAGGGGCCCGGGCUUCCUGUGGCUGGGAGUGAGACCCAACUGCGAGGGGGUGGAGAUGGGCGAAAGAAAAGGAAACGGUGUGGGACCUGCGAUCCCUGCCGCCGGCUGGAAAACUGUGGGUCUUGUACCAGCUGCACCAAUCGUCGCACACACCAGAUCUGCAAACUCCGAAAAUGUGAGGUGCUGAAGAAAAAAGCGGGGCUCCUUAAGGAGGUGGAAAUAAAUGCUCGUGAAGGAACGGGGCCCUGGGCACAAGGGGCGACUGUCAAGACAGGCUCAGAGCUCAGCCCAGUUGAUGGACCUGUUCCAGGUCAGAUGGACUCAGGGCCAGUGUACCAUGGAGAUUCAAGGCAGCUAAGCACCUCAGGGGCGCCGGUCAAUGGUGCUAGAGAGCCUGCCGGACCCAGUCUUCUGGGAGCUGCGGGUCCUUGGCGGGUAGACCAGAAGCCCGACUGGGAGGCUGCCUCAGGCCCUGCUCACACUGCUCGCCUGGAAGAUGCCCACGACCUGGUGGCCUUUUCGGCUGUGGCCGAAGCUGUGUCCUCUUAUGGGGCCCUUAGCACCCGGCUCUAUGAAACCUUCAACCGUGAGAUGAGUCGUGAGGCUGGGAGCAACGGCAGGGACCCCCGGCCCGAGAGCUGCUCUGUGGGCAGUGAAGACCUGGACACAUUGCAGACAGCUCUGGCCCUUGCAAGGCAUGGCAUGAAACCACCCAACUGCAACUGCGAUGGCCCAGAGUGCCCCGACUACCUCGAGUGGCUGGAGGGCAAGAUCAAGUCUGUGGCCAUGGAGGGAGGGCAGGGGCGGCCCAGGCUGCCAGGCACGCUGCCUCCUAGUGAGGCUGGCCUCCCAGCCCCGAGCACCAGACCACUCCUUAGCUCUGAGGUCCCCCAGGUACCUCCCCUGGAGGGCCUGCCUCUGUCCCAGAGCGCCCUGAGCAUUGCCAAGGAAAAAAACAUCAGCCUGCAGACAGCCAUCGCCAUCGAGGCCCUCACACAGCUCUCCUCGGCCCUCCCUCAGCCUUCUCAUUCCACCUCCCAGGCUUCUUGUCCACUCCCUGAGGCCUUGUCCCCUUCUGCCCCUUUCAGGUCUCCCCAGUCCUACCUCCGGGCCCCCUCAUGGCCUGUGGUUCCCCCAGAGGAACAUCCAUCCUUUGCUCCUGACAGCCCAGCCUUUCCUCCAGCAACUCCAAGAACUGAGUUUUCUGAAGCAUGGGGCACUGACACCCCUCCAGCGACACCCCGGAACUCCUGGCCUGUACCUCGCCCAAGCCCUGACCCUAUGGCUGAACUGGAGCAGCUGUUGGGCAGCGCCAGUGAUUACAUCCAGUCAGUAUUCAAGCGACCUGAGGCCCUGCCCACCAAGCCCAAGGUCAAGGUUGAGGCUCCCUCUUCCUCCCCUGCCCCAGCACCAUCUCCUGUCUCCCAGAGGGAGGCUCUCCUGCCAUCUUCAGAGCCUGACACCCAUCAGAAGGCCCAGACAGCGCUCCAGCAACAUCUUCAUCACAAGCGCAACCUAUUCUUGGAACAGGCCCAUGAUGCCUCCUACCCUACUUCCACAGAGCCUCAGGCUCCUGGUUGGUGGGCCCCACCAGGCUCACCUGCCCCACGGCCUCCUGACAAACCACCCAAGGAAAAGAAAAAGAAGCCCCCUACCCCAGCUGGAGGUCCUGUGGGAGCAGAGAAAACCACCGCUGGGAUCAAGACCAGUGUCCGAAAGCCCAUUCAGAUCAAGAAGUCCAGGUCUAGGGACAUGCAGCCCCUCUUCCUGCCUCUUAGGCAGAUUAUUCUGGAAGGGCUAAAACCCCAAGCCUCAGAAGGACCUCCACCUGCCCAGCCCCCCGCCCCGCCUCCUGCCUCCCAGAGCUGUGCCACCCCUCUACCCCCAGAACCUUCUCUUGCGCUAUUUGCACCUAGUCCCUCCGGGGACAGCCUGCUGCCCCCUACUCAGGAAAUGAGAUCCCCGAGCCCCAUGGUAGCCCUGCAGUCAGGCUCCACUGGUGGCCCCCUUCCCCCUGCCGAUGACAAGCUGGAGGAGCUCAUCCGGCAAUUUGAGGCUGAAUUUGGGGAUAGCUUUGGGCUUCCCGGCCCACCUUCGGUGCCCAUUCAAGAACCUGAAAGCCAACCGACAUGCCUCCCAGCUCCGGAGAGCCCUUUUGCCUCCCGCUCCCCCAAGAAGAUCAAGAUUGAGUCUUCAGGGGCUGUGACUGUGCUCUCAACCACCUGCUUCCAUUCAGAAGAGGGGGGGCAGGAGGGCACGCCCACCAAGGCAGAGAACCCACUCACACCCACCCUCAGUGGCUUCUUGGAGUCACCUCUUAAGUACCUAGACACACCUACUAAGAGUCUGCUGGACACACCCGCCAAGAAGGCCCAGGCUGAGUUCCCCACCUGCGAUUGUGUCCAACAAAUAGUGGAGAAAGAUGAAGGUCCAUAUUACACUCACCUGGGAUCUGGCCCCACAGUAGCCUCUAUCCGGGAACUCAUGGAGGAGCGGUAUGGAGAAAAGGGGAAAGCUAUCCGGAUCGAGAAGGUCAUCUACACGGGAAAGGAGGGGAAGAGUUCUCGAGGCUGUCCCAUUGCCAAGUGGGUGAUCCGAAGACACACACUGGAGGAGAAGCUGCUGUGCCUGGUGCGGCAUCGGGCAGGCCACCAUUGUCAGAAUGCUGUGAUUGUUAUCUUGAUCCUGGCCUGGGAGGGUAUCCCUCGAAACCUUGGAGACACCCUCUACCAGGAGCUCACUGAUACCCUCCGGAAAUAUGGGAACCCCACCAGCCGGAGAUGUGGCCUCAAUGAUGACCGGACCUGUGCUUGCCAAGGCAAAGACCCCAACACCUGUGGUGCCUCCUUCUCCUUCGGCUGUUCCUGGAGCAUGUACUUCAAUGGCUGCAAAUACGCUCGGAGCAAGACACCGCGAAAGUUCCGCCUCACAGGAGACAAUCCCAAGGAGGAGGAAGUGCUCCGGAAUAGCUUUCAGGACCUGGCCACUGAAGUUGCUCCCCUAUACAAACGGCUCGCACCCCAGGCCUAUCAGAACCAGGUGACCAAUGAGGACGUGGCGAUCGACUGCCGCCUGGGGCUGAAGGAAGGGAGGCCCUUCUCAGGGGUCACAGCCUGCAUGGACUUCUGUGCCCACGCCCACAAGGACCAACAUAACCUCUACAAUGGGUGCACUGUGGUCUGCACCCUGAACAAGGAAGACAAUCGCUGCGUGGGCCAGAUCCCUGAGGAUGAGCAGCUACACGUGCUGCCCCUCUACAAGAUGGCCAACACGGACGAGUUUGGCAGUGAGGAGAACCAGAACGCCAAGAUCAGCAGUGGGGCCAUCCAGGUGCUCACAGCAUUCCCUAGAGAGGUCCGGCGGCUGCCAGAGCCUGCCAAGUCCUGCCGCCAACGGCAGCUGGAAGCCAGGAAGGCAGCAGCUGAGAAGAAGAAGCUGCAGAAGGAGAAGCUGAGCACACCAGAGAAGAUCAAGCAGGAGGCCCUGGAGUUGGCUGGUGUCACCACUGACUCAGGCCUGUCUCUGAAGGGUGGAUUGUCCCAGCAAAGCCUGAAGCCCUCCCUCAAGGUGGAGCCUCAGAACCACUUUAGCUCCUUCAAGUACAAUGGGAAUGCGGUGGUGGAGAGCUAUUCGGUGCUGGGCAGCUGCCGGCCCUCCGACCCCUACAGCAUGAGCAGUGUGUAUUCCUACCACUCACGCUAUGCACAGCCUGGCCUAGCCUCCGUCAACGGCUUCCACUCCAAGUACACACUUCCCUCCUUCGGCUACUAUGGCUUUCCAUCUAGCAAUCCUGUCUUCCCCUCCCAGUUCCUGGGUCCCAGUGCCUGGGGACACGGGGGCAGUGGAGGCAGUUUUGAGAAGAAGCCAGACCUCCAUGCUCUACACAACAGCCUGAACCCGGCCUACGGUGGUGCUGAGUUUGCCGAGCUGCCAGGCCAGGCUGUUUCCACAGACAACCACCACCCCAUCCCUCACCACCAGCAGCCUGCUUACCCAGGCCCCAAGGAAUAUCUGCUACCCAAGGUCCCCCAGCUCCACCCAGCAUCCAGGGACCCCUCUCCCUUUGCUCAGAGCUCCAGUUGCUACAACAGAUCCAUCAAGCAAGAGCCAGUAGACCCUCUGACCCAGGCUGAGUCCGGACCCAGAGACUCUGGUAAGAUGAGUAGAACACCCUUGCCCGAAGCAUCUCAGAAUGGGGGACCCACUCAUCUAUGGGGACAGUACUCAGGAGGCCCAAGCAUGUCCCCGAAGAGGACUAACAGUGUGGGUGGCAACUGGGGCGUGUUCCCUCCGGGGGAGAGCCCCACCAUUGUUCCUGACAAGCUCAGUUCUUUUGGGGCCAGCUGUCUCACCCCUUCGCAAUUCCCAGAUAGCCAGUGGGGACUGUUCACUGGUGAAGGUCAGCAGUCGGCCCCCCAUCCUGGAGGACGGCUUCGAGGCAAGCCAUGGAGCCCCUGCAAGUUUGGGAAUGGCACCUCGGCCUUGACCGGUUCCAGCCUGACUGAGAAGCCUUGGGGGAUGGGAACAGGGGAUUUCAACUCCGCCCUGAAAGGGGGUCCUGGGUUCCAAGACAAGUUGUGGAAUCCCGUGAAAGUGGAGGAGAGCAGGAUUCCGACACCGGGGGCCAACCAGCUCGACAAAACCUGGCAGGCCUUUGGCAUGCCCUUGAGCUCCAAUGAGAAGCUAUUUGGGGCCCUGAAGUCAGAGGAGAAGCUAUGGGAUCCCUUCAGCCUGGAUGAGGGGACAGCUGAGGAGCCCCCCAGCAAAGGGGUGGUAAAGGAAGAGAAAAGUGGACCUGGAGUGGAAGAGGAUGAGGAGGAGCUAUGGUCAGACAGUGAACACAACUUCCUGGAUGAGAACAUAGGCGGUGUGGCUGUGGCCCCCGCCCAUUGCUCCAUCCUCAUCGAGUGUGCCCGUCGAGAGCUACAUGCCACCACACCACUCAAAAAGCCCAACCGCUGCCACCCCACCCGCAUCUCGCUGGUCUUCUACCAGCACAAGAACCUCAACCAGCCGAACCACGGCCUGGCGCUCUGGGAGGCCAAGAUGAAGCAGCUGGCGGAGCGGGCGCGGCAGCGGCAAGAGGAGGCUGCCCGCCUGGGCCUGGGCCAGCAGGAGGCCAAGCUCUACGGGAAGAAGCGAAAAUGGGGGGGUGCUAUGGUGGCUGAGCCCCAGCACAAAGAAAAGAAGGGGGCUGUCCCUACCCGGCAGGCGCUGGCCAUGCCCACAGACUCGGCGGUCACCGUGUCCUCUUACGCCUACACAAAGGUCACUGGCCCCUACAGCCGCUGGAUCUAGGUGCCAGGAGCCAGCGUACCUCAGCGUCGGGCCUUGCCCGAGCUGCUCUGUGGUGCUUUUGCCCUCAUGCCCGGGGGCGGGUUGGGGGUGCAGAAGUCUCUCUAUAUCUACAUAUAUGGAUAUGCUUAUCAUAUAUAUGUAUUUAUGGUCCAAACCUCAGAACUGACCCGCCCUCCCUCCUCUACUUCCCCAGCACUUUGAAGAAACUACGGCUGUCGGGUGAUUAUUUUUUUUUUUUUGAUCUUAGUAUUUAUAUCUCCACAUUUUAUUUUUCCCCUUGUUUUGAGGGGCUUUUAUUUUCCUUUUGUUUUUAAAACUUUAUCCUUGUAUAUCACAAUAAUGGAAAGAAAGUUUAUAGUGUCCUUUCACAAAGGAGCGUAGUUUUAAAUUCCAUUUAAAAUAUGUAUUUAUUGGAUUUUUUUAAAGCGACAAUAGUAAUGGGUUACAGGUGGGCAGGAGAGGCCAGCAGAGCUUCCUGCCUGGCGAGCCCAGCCUCCUGGGAGCUGCAGGUUCUUCCAGCCAUCUGCCCCCACAAACCAAGGUUAGCAUGUAGCCCUGGUCUAUCCCUCCUUCCCACAGGCUAGGGAGCCUUUGGGGCCACCCCGUUCUCCCCUGUGGAAUGGGGGAAGCUGCAGACAUCUGGGGGCCUGGCCUGGAGAUGCUGGUGUUAGAUGUCCCCAGAAACCAGGUUGGAAGUAGACAGCUUCAAGCUUGCUAGUCUCCACACUGAAUCCUCUCUGUCCGUUAUUUAUCAAGUCAUACGAUGUCCUGGUUCGCUAGGCAGCACCUCAAGCUGGAGCAGGAGCUGAGAGGCUCCCAGGAGCCCUUCUCGUCCCGUUGAUAAAGCUGGUGAGUACUGGGCGGAAGGAAGCUUAGUGGCAAUUUUCUUAAAAAUCGCCCCAAAGUUUGUCGAUACUGAAAAAGGGCUACUGUAUCUUUAGAAACAAGAAGUUGAACCCAAGCUGUGAAGAGCCAGUGUGCUGUGCGGUGCUCUGCGGGUGCUUGCUCUGCGGUGCUGUGUGGUGCUGGAGCCUGGUGCUGUAGUAUUGUGCUGGGACUUCUCUGACUCUCAGGGCAGGUGGCAUCCUGCCAGAGCUCAGCCAGCCAGUGUGAUGGCAGGUCACGCAUCGUCCUUAUUCCUGGAUCUUCACACGGGACAAUGGUGCAGUCCUCCCAGCCCUCACAGGGCAUGGCCUACACUUCGUUUAAGUGCAAAGGUCAGGCGUUUUCAACAGGUUGCUAUGCUUUUCCUCCUUCGAGGGGGCCAGUUCUCCAUUGGAUCUUUUCUCUCCUCCCUCUCCCUUCUCCACCUCCCCUGUAACACGCCCAUUCUAAAAUCCUGGUGCAUUCAUUCAGCUCUUUGAAAAUGAGAACGUUGGUGCUUUAAUUUCUGUGACAUUGAGAGGUUGGGCCUGACAGGUGGCGGCCGCGCGUGUCUGUGGCAGGUCAGUCUUCACUGGAGUGUUUGUUUUCAGAUGCCGUUAGCCGUGUUGUCAGGCUGCCCGUGCGUGCGGACGGACGUGUGUGGUGAGUGGGGGGCUACAUCAGGACACACACACACACACACACACACACACACACACACACUCACGGUGGCAGCCGAGCCCUGAGACAGCAGUUAUCACGUGGUUCUAGCCAGGUUUGGUCUUCAUAAUCUGAGCGUAGCAAUCCCAUGACAAUGCUGAAGGCAGGUCCGAGUCCCCAAGCUUCGCGGUGCCUUGUGCCAGAGCCGAGAGCCGAGCGGCCGGGUGUUGACUAGAGCCCUUCGGAAGCACUGGCAGAGAGUGGCUAAAAGGUGUCCUGAGCAUUUUUGUGGUCUGGUUUUAACUGUAAAUAGUGAAAGAUUUUUUUAAGCACUUUUGCCUAGAUUUAAACAGCAACUUGAAAAGAAUAAAAAGUACAUUUUAACAUGUAAUUGUGGGAGAAACUGUAAAUAGUAGCUGAAUAUUUAAUGUGCUUUGUCAAUCCACCUUUACCAUAUUCUGUAAAGUUGCAAUUAUUUUACAGGACAAAAAAAAUGAAAUUAUUAUUGCUUUUGAAAUAAAUACCCAAGAGCUUAUCAGGACUUAGAAUUAUUCAGAAUUCAGAUUUAUAGGAAAGCCUCUGACCCUCUGUUUGAGUAGCUGAAGAGUCAGAGUCUUUAAGACGCAUGCUAAUUUUCUAGUUUUGAGGGAGAGUUGGGUCCUUUAAAUGCUAUUUUGCUUACUCGCAUCAGUACUUUUACGCAGGUCUCAUCUGACCCCAUGCUUAGGUAGAUGCGGGGGUGCCUUGAAAAACUUCAUUUUAAAUGAUCUUAAAUAUGAUAUUUUACAAAGCAUUUGGAGAAUGUGACCGUGUAUACGGCCCAUGGAAGCCCCAGGUUGGCUGAUGGCUUGCAAGGUCCUGAGCGUGGCCCAGGUGAUUCUGUUGCUGGCAGUGUGUGGAUCUCUCUGACGCGUAUUCAGUCUGCUCCAACCCUCCUCACCCUUUGGUAGCAAAGCCAUUAGAUGAAUGGAGAAAGCAGUACAAACUAAAAAGCAUGCGAUGUCCAUCCCCCAAGCCUGCACAGCCUUUGUUCAUAAGCUCUAGGCCAGGAAACAGGCUGCUGUGAGGUGAGUGAGACGAGAGGUGUUCCACGUUGGCCCUUCAGGUUCUAGCGAGCGCUGUUUCAGGGCUCAGGGCUGUGGCCGUGCUUGAGCCCAUGCUGAUUUUCACACACUACAUGUAUAACCUACCUCAAAUCUGUCACUGAAAUGAGCAUGCUUUAGACGUGUAUCUUAAGAUGUAACUAUGCACAGUUCUUUAAUUCCCCCGUCCCUUGCUGCUGAAGGCUUCUUAAAGAGAAAAAUCAAAUUUUUUAUUUUUACUGGCACUAUCAUUUUUUAAGUCCUGAAGAUGAUUGACAAGACAUUUUUAUCAUGAGAAAAAAAAAAUAAAGCCAUUGCAACUCAAGAACCUUGACAGCAUGAGCGAAUUUUCAGAGUAGCGUUAUAGCCGGGGAGAUGCUGGCUUUGGAGUCUGCUCCCAGGGUGCCCGUCCGUCUGUCUGUCCAGUCUCCACAGUCCACAGGCAGUGCAAGCGUUUGCUGCCCCGCCCCCAGCUUUGUUUCCUUCUGCGUUGUUUUUGUUCUCCCUACCUGCUAUGUGCAAGAGGGCUUUUGAAGUUCUGACCCGGGAGAGAUUUUCUUUUAGAAUAUAAGUUAUUUUGCAGCAGGAUCUCACAAAAUAACUGGUGCUAGCUGGAGAAACCUCCUGUCAGCAGCUCCACUGAGGGUGUCAUGUGGAUUGGGUGGGGGGGUCAUUUUGAAGUCUGGUUUUUAGUGAGGACUGAGCAGCCCAGCCCAGCCCUCCAGGGCUCCAGGGUGCUGCUUCGCCUUUUUGCUGUGGUGGCCCUGGUACAUGGGAAGAGAUUCUGCCUUCUCUGGUCCUCCCACCUGCUGCUUAAAGAAACAGUAGUUUGCAGAGCUAGGGGUUGUUAGUGCUGAGUGGCAAGGACAGAAGUCGCAGGGCUUUGUUGCUCCAUAGCUAAUGGCAGUGGAUGUGUGAGUGUGGUUGACAGUAGCUGAAAACCCAGUGUCGCAGAGUGAGGAGACUUGACUGCCUCAGAUGUCAAAGCAAGGCCAAACUGGCGGAAAACUGAUAUAUCCCUGAUGUGCCUCAACCAAUCUCUUUCCUUUUGUUACUGAAGUGUGUUUUCUGGACUUGGAAGCAUUUUUAUGAAUUGAAUAGUCUAAUAAAUGGUGCUAUGGUGUUUCAAUGUGACUGUCCCUGACCUUGUCUCCCUGAGGUGCUAUCAACGUUUGAAACCACAACCAACCAAAAAGUGAGGUGGGCUCCGUCUCUUGGCUUUUCUUUCCUCUUUUGGUGCUGUCUUUGUAGACCUCUGUUUACCGCGCUGUGUCUGCUCUGAGCAGUGUUCUGGGUCUGGUGUUUUGUUGCUUCCCUUGAUGGCCAAAGUGAGGCUCACAGAGAAGGCAGUAGAGGCCCGCCUGUGGGUUUGUCUAUCUUCUUAGGCCAGAUUAGAAAGGGGGUGGUGGCUUUGAGAAGGAGAGGCAGGAUCCCUGCCUCUUCUUGUAUGUCAGGUAUUCUCUUGUGUCCCAGGGUGCUAACCCCAGAGGGGACAGGCUGUGGUCCAGGGGCAGCUCCUUUACCUGGCCCCGGCAGGGACGGGAUGGGCAAGACUUUGGGUUCUUGCUGCUCAUUGGUAGCUCCUGGUGCUCAGACAUAAGGCAGGUGCUUUUUUUGUCCCUCAAUGCCACCAAGGCCGCUUUUAGUUGGUGCUAAACUUCUCCCUGUGUCCACAUAAGCUGAUGCAAAAUUUAAGAACUCGACAGGAAGCUCCAUUUUUACAUCAUCCACUGUCACAAUUUUUUUUUUAAAUACCUCAAAACAGGACAUUGUGACAACUUAGAUUCCAUGAGGGUAUGAUACUCACAGUCUGUUCAUGGGAUGACUUCCUUGAUCUUGACAUAUCCAGGGUCAUUCUCUCUGUUCAUUCUUAAGCAGUAAAAUGGCAGAGUGCCUAAGGGAAGGAGCGUGGUUGGAUUUUUUUCCCAUUCUCUUAAGUUUUGCUUUUGAAUAAAAUGUGAAUCUCCUCUGUCCAUCUCAUCGAGCUUUCUGUCACAGUUGCUAUCAUUUGAAAACCUACUCAACACCUGGUUUAUCUGCUGUCCUACCAGGCCAACUUCACCACAUACCCUGGACCAAAUAACACAUUGGAGGUGCAUACGCUUACCCAGGCUCACAGCCCAUUUCUACCUGUAAGCGCAUAGAUGAUUCUGGGAGCGCCGCCUUCCUGAGAGGGCAAAGCAAUAGGCUUCUCGCCUGAGGGGGACCUCAGCACAGAAGCCAGGCUCUGGGCUUCAUGCCUGAGGAUCAGUGAGCUGUUCAGCCUGCUCCUUGUCUGCUUCUGUUCUGAUAUCAGGGAUGCUUUCUGUAGGGUGUCUGUCAAUCAUGCUCUUCUCGCUCCGACUGCUCAUCUUUCAGGGGAACCCUCACUCUUCAUAUGGGGACAGAUACUAAUUGGCUCAUCUGGACAUCCCAAAUUUUCUUGAUUCCAAUAUAGAUUUUUUUUUUUUUCUUUUGGGGGUAGAGGGAGAGAGACAGGAGUGAUGUCAUUUAUUUUUCUUGUGUUUAAAGAAGCAAGGACUGGCUGUCUCACAGCAUACUAAUGCUUUAGACUUGAUCUAGACCCCUUGUAGCUUUUGGAUGUGUUUUAUUUCUUAUCUCUUUGAAUUCCUAUUUGGUUACCUGGCUUCCAGUGGAGGUGAACUUAACAACCAUACUUGAAUAUUCCGUCUUGACUUUGUAAACUGUGGCUACUUGAAAUGAAGUUUAUCUGGGGUUGAUGGAUGAAUGGUAGGUUUUUGCAAUGUCUCAAGGCAAUAGGAUGUGUAUUAUUAAACUGUAGAUAUCUUAGUACAGUAAAUUUAUGCUGAUAAUUUUAUUUUGUAUAAUUUUUACCUUUUUGUUAAUAUUUUCCUUCCAGUUUAUUGGUUUGUCUCCUGAGCUACCGCCUUCCUUCCCCUUCCUUCUCCCCCAGUGUUUCAGUAAAUUUAAUUUAGGGUGCCUAGAAAUUGCAAGUAUGUAUCCUUUUUUGAUUUGUAUUUUAUUAUAAUUUACACAAACAACUGGGUUUGUGAACUGUAUUACUCCUGGCAUCUUUAAAAUAUUGUGGGUGUUUUAAUAAAUUUUAUAUUUAUUUUUUGCA